GGGAGGGAGGGAGAGAGGGAGGCAGGCGAGAGAAGGGGAGCUGCUUGGAGCCCGUACUUCCCAGAGCCAGCCAGGAGCGCGCGCACAGCGGCUCUCCGGGUCCCAGCCGCGCCCCGCUGCCCCGCACCUCCUCCUCCUCCUGCUCCUCUCCGGGUACCCCUCGCCCCCUCCCUCCAGCAGCUGCUACGCUCGGGCAGCGGCCGCCCCCGGCCCCUACUCGGCCACAGCCCCAACUCUCUGGGCUCACUCCUGGGACGCGCGUCCUCGCCCCAUCCUUUCUUCCUUCCUUCCCUCGCGCCCGCCCGCCCUCUCCAGGUCUCCCUCUCGGGUCCCGAUUGUCUCCGUCCCCUUCUCGGUCCGCCGGCGCCUCGCCCUGCCCCGUCUCUCCCUCGCACUUCCUGAGUCGCCCGCCGCCGCUGUCUCGCCGCGCCGCGGGAGCCCGAGCCCGAGCCGAGCCGAGCCGCCGCUGCCCCGGCUCCAGCCCCCGCAGCCCGCGGCGCCCGGGGAAGGGAAAAGUGGGCGAGCGCGCCCUCGCCCAGCCCCGCGCCCCAGCCCUGCCCGGCGAGGGAGGACCGGGAAGAUGAACAACGGCAGCAAAGCCGAGAAGGAGAACACCCCGAACGAGGCCAACCUUCAGGAGGAAGAGGUCCGGACUCUCUUUGUCAGUGGUCUCCCUCUGGAUAUCAAACCUCGGGAGCUGUAUCUGCUUUUCAGACCAUUUAAGGGCUACGAGGGUUCUCUUAUAAAGCUCACAUCUAAGCAGCCCGUAGGUUUUGUCAGUUUUGACAGUCGCUCAGAAGCAGAAGCUGCAAAGAAUGCUUUGAAUGGCAUCCGCUUCGAUCCUGAAAUUCCACAAACACUACGACUAGAGUUUGCUAAGGCAAACACGAAGAUGGCCAAGAACAAACUAGUAGGGACUCCAAACCCUAGUACUCCUCUGCCCAACACUGUACCUCAGUUCAUUGCCAGAGAGCCAUAUGAGCUCACAGUGCCUGCACUUUACCCCAGUAGCCCUGAAGUGUGGGCCCCGUACCCUCUGUACCCAGCGGAGCUAGCGCCUGCUCUACCUCCUGCUUUCACCUACCCCGCCUCACUGCAUGCCCAGCUAACAGAUCCGCCUUCAAGAGACUACUGAUCCCCUCUGAAUCAAGCUGACACUCCUCCAGGACUUCCGAGGACCGUCUGACAGCAAUGAUAUCACCCACUGCCUGAUGUUUGCCCCAAACAACACCUCUCUCUUCCUUAAUGAUCUCACCCUCAUAUCACACACGAGAGACUGGGCCCAGGUCACCUCCCCAGCCAGCUAGAGGGUGUCACGAGAGCAGAAACGUGUGUGCCUUGCCGCGGGGAAGGGCUGCAGAGGAAGGCGUGCGCUUGUUACAAGAGCUACCUGUCUGCGUGUGCUCCUGUGUACUGAGAUCUCUUCUCUUGUGUUCUGGGAGCUCUAGGGACAAAGGAGCAAGCUGGGGGCUUCCAGGAGGAAGGUUAUGUGCUAUCAUUACAUAUAUUAAAGAAGAGAUUAAGGGUUCCUUUUUUCCAUUUUUAAGAGACCCUGUAGAAAAGGAGGUACAAUAUAGUGUCUUAAAUGUAAUUAUAGGUCAAGGUAGAGGUAUCUCUUCUGACCAGCUUUCUUUCGUAGUUAAGAAUAGCCUGAGCUUUACAAACAAACUCUGC